ACAGAAUCCUCUUACUUUUUUUUCUCUCUCCUCGUUCAUAUCUUUCUCACACACAAGACACUGAUAUUGAGCUCAUCUUCUUCCAUCUCAAUCUCUCACAAUUCACCGCCUGGCACCUCCGGCGAGUGUCGCCGCUGAAAGCCACUGUUCGCACAAGUAGCACCGCCGCAACCAUCCUUUCUUCUCUCGAAGCCGCAGAACGAGGAGUGGCGGCGACGAGUGCUGAAAUUGCAGACUACACUAUUUUAUGGGGCAAAAGAAAUGUCAAGUGUGUGAUGACGCACAAUCUAAGUACAAGUGCCCUACUUGCUUAAUAACCUAUUGUUCUGUGGCCUGCUUCAAGAAACACAAAGAAGUUCCUUGCCAGAAGACAGAAUCUUUAAAGGAAGAAAAAGUUUCAGAUCCUAGUUCAACAACAAAUGAUAACAAACCACCUCCUAGUUCAACGAUAAAUGAUAACCAACCACCUCCUAGUUCAACAACAAAUGAUUACCAACCCCCUUAUGUGGAUGAGCCAAGUGAGGUGUUGCAAGAGUCACAACUGCAGUCUGUUGCUUCAUCCAAUGAAAUUCGUGAUUCGGUAAAGAAUGAAAAGCUUCAGAAACUGAUACACAGCAUUGAUUGCUCUGCAGAUCCUGAGAGCGAGCUUGAUAAAGCCAUGGAGGAGGAAUCAUUUAGUCAAUUUGCAGAAAAGAUCUUGUCUACCAUUGUCCCUGAUGCUUGAGUAUUCUGGACAGCCAUGAUUUUGCAACAAUAUCCUUGUUAAGUUGUAGCCUCCACACAUUAAGUAUAUGUUGAAAUCAAGAAGAGAAGGUAUUGAAGAGGAAGGAUAAACCAAAAUGAAAAUACAAUGGAACAAUUGUUAUGAGUUUGGACACCAAAGAAAGAAUUUUGUUAGAUCGAUAGAUUGAGAUUAACUAGUCCUUCAGUUAUUUUGCUUGGUUGGGUUGGAUAGUGGAAGUUGGCUUCAUUUUAA